AUGGAAGCGGGAAGUGUCGACAAACUGGCAAAUUUGGCCGCUGUCCCCCUCUGGUAUGGGCUUGGGUUGGCUGCGUGCGCAGUUUUGCUUUUGCUGUACCAGGUCUCUAAGAGUUGCAUCGCCGGAAUCAAAAAAGGGAUCGUUUACAUGUAUGGAUGUGUUCACCUGCACUCGCCUCUUCGCCUGGGGAUAAUCGGCACAACAACGAGAGGCCGCUUUGUGGCGUGGGGCCUUUUCGUUAUCGCAAAUGGUGUGGGGAUGUGCCUGGGACCAAACAACACAACCGCCUGGCUUGUUCGAAGUGCAAGGAUGGCGUCCAUGAACUUUUUCCUCGUCGCAUGCGGCGGGAAACUGAACUAUUUGGGAUACGUUCUCGGCGCCCCAUACUCCCUGGCCGAGGCAUUACACAAAUGGGCGGGUUACAUCGGUAUCGUACAAGCAACCGUACACGCUUCAAUAGCCAUCGCACUUAAGAAACCUCAAGAUUUAUGGACAGAUGCAGGGUUUUUAACGGUAGCGGGCUUAGUAGCACUAGCCGUAUUGCUGUCGCUAAAGAACAAGAUGUACGAAACACAUCGAUUCAUCCAUAUUGCCCUUGCGAUUUUCAUUUUCCGCGGGUUCUGGGUUCAUUCAUGGGAGCAUCUGCGUCCACAAUAUCCUAUUACUUGCAUUUCUCUCUGGGGCUCUGGUUUCCUGCUCACUAAGGCGAUGCAACUUUAUCGAAUGGCUGUCGGAACCGGCUACGCUCAUAUACACGUUACACACUUCCAAGGAGCCAUACAGCUACGCGUCGAGACUCGUCGCCCUUCCGAAUUUCUUCCCGGCCAGUUCUUCUACCUUUGUAUGCCUCGUGCGCAUCCUUUCGCCUUUCUACAGUCACACCCUUUCAUCAUAGCCUGGUGGGACGGUAUUUCUGGGGAAGGAACCAAAACCGUCUACCUUCUCAUACAACCUCGACGAGGGUUUACUUCUCGCCUUUUGAUGUUGGGUCAUGCAAUUUCUUACAGGGGAUUUUUAGAGGGACCCUACGGGAAACGGCUUCGUCUGGAUGAUUAUGGAACCGUAAUAAUUUUGGCUUCCGGUAUUGGUAUUGCUGGCGUUCUUCCAUACAUUAAGGACCUGCUAUUAGGAUUUAACGCUUCUAAGGCCAAGAUUAAAAGAUUGCAUCUUAUUUGGAUACUUAGUGCUGAAGGUGAGCUUGGUUGA